AUGGCGAUUAAAAGCUAUAAAUCUUUCAUAAUGGAAUGGAAUGUUGACAUUGAAUUUGAAUACACGGGUAGCACCGACAUUCGCGUUAUCCUUGAAAAACUCGCAGUCCCGGGCUUCGAGUUUAUACCAUUGUGUACUAUUUCUGAUAGAAAAGCUUCAGCGUUCGGAGGUAGUAUCUUGCUCAUCAGAGCGGUAAUUUUAGAAUAUGAAUGGAA